UGCCGCCGCCGCUGCCGUCGCCGCUGCCGCUCUGCCGCCGCCAACCCCGCUACCGAGGCCGUGCGGAGCCGUUAUCGCCGCGCCGCCCGCCCUGGAGCAGAGCCCCGGGCCUUCCCGCCCGUGUUCAGAUUUUUAAAUAAUACAAUGUCUAAUGGUUAUGAAGACCACAUGGCUGAAGACUGCAGGGAUGACAUUGGGAGAACAAAUUUAAUUGUCAACUACCUCCCUCAGAACAUGACCCAGGAGGAACUACGAAGUCUUUUCAGCAGCAUUGGCGAGGUUGAAUCUGCAAAGCUUAUUCGGGAUAAAGUAGCAGGGCACAGCUUGGGCUACGGCUUUGUGAACUAUGUGACUGCAAAGGAUGCAGAGAGAGCAAUCAGCACGCUGAAUGGCUUGAGACUCCAGUCCAAAACCAUUAAGGUGUCUUAUGCUCGCCCAAGCUCAGAGGUCAUCAAGGAUGCCAACUUGUACAUCAGCGGGCUCCCAAGGACCAUGACUCAGAAGGAUGUGGAGGACAUGUUCUCUCGGUUUGGGCGAAUCAUCAACUCCAGGGUCCUUGUGGAUCAGACCACAGGUUUGUCCAGAGGGGUUGCAUUUAUCCGGUUUGACAAACGGUCGGAAGCAGAAGAGGCAAUUACCAGUUUCAAUGGUCAUAAACCCCCAGGUUCCUCCGAGCCCAUCACAGUGAAGUUUGCAGCCAAUCCCAACCAGAACAAAAACAUGGCUCUCCUCUCGCAGCUGUACCACUCACCUGCUAGGCGGUUUGGAGGCCCUGUGCACCACCAGGCACAGAGAUUCAGGUUCUCCCCUAUGGGUGUAGAUCACAUGAGUGGGAUUUCUGGUGUCAAUGUCCCCGGCAAUGCUUCCUCCGGCUGGUGCAUCUUCAUCUACAACCUUGGGCAAGACGCGGAUGAGGGGAUCCUCUGGCAGAUGUUUGGCCCGUUUGGUGCAGUCACCAAUGUGAAAGUGAUUCGUGAUUUCAACACCAACAAGUGCAAAGGGUUUGGUUUUGUGACCAUGACAAACUAUGAAGAAGCUGCAGUGGCCAUAGCAAGUCUGAAUGGCUACCGCCUGGGGGACAAAAUUUUACAGGUUUCCUUCAAAACCAACAAGUCCCACAAAUAACUCGCUCAUGCUUUUCUUUUUUUCUUUUCUUUUUUCUUUUUUUGUACGGAAUAGAUAAUUAAGAGUGAAGAAGUUGAAACUUUUUUGUUAGUGUACAACUCAUUUUGCGCCAAUUUUCACAAGUGUUUGUCUUAGUCUAAAUGAGAAGUGCAAAAGGUUUUUAUACUCUGGGAUGCAACCGACAUGUUCAAAUGCUUGAAAUCCCACAAAUGUUAGACCAAUUUUAAGUUUCUUAAGUUAUUUCCUUUAAAGUAUAUAUUAAACCGAAACCUAAGUAGACUGCAUUAACUAACCAGUCCCUCUGGAUGGUGGUGGAACUGAAGCAUGCUUUAACUUCUAAGACUGUCUAACACCUGUUUCAUUUGAUGUCUCCACAGACUGGAUUUUUAAAAAAAAAAAAAAAAAUCUUUUUUUUUUUUUUUUUUUCCUUAGUUUUAGUUUUUAAACUAAAGAUGUUAGACAGAUGGGGAGUGUGUUUUUCUCAACUGCUUCACCAUUUUAAGCAACUUCUGCUUUAGUUCACAGGAAAUUUGCCCUCCCCAGCAGUCCCACUGCUGUCUCCUGCCCACGCAGUCCCAGCUCUGUGGUGUAGGGAGCAACAGCAGGGCCCAGACUGUGUGGAACCCCCAGCAGGGGAGGGAGGGGUUCCACAUGUUGGGCUGGGCCAAGCCCUCCAGAGGACAAAAAGGGGUAAGCCCAGGCACCAAUGAGAACGGACCAAAGAGUUUCAGGGCAGCUCCAGUAUAUUCCAGAGUCAGACCUGAGCUCCAGGCAUGCCUGAAGAUGUCCCACUCCUCUGACAUCCUGAGUGUCUGUCCACACAUUGCAUGCAUGGUGCCCACACAUCAAAUACUGUUGUUCAUGCAACCUCUCAAGUUUCCAAGACCAUUUAUCGUAGCUUGAAUGCACAAUGAUUGCUGUUUUUAAUGACACAGAAACAUUUGAGCAUUGUAUUUCUCGCAUCCCUCCUUGUGAGCACUAGACUUUUUCUGAUUUUAGUCAGAUUUUUGCUUUGAUGUUUUGCUUUUGUAUGGACACUCAGCAGAAAAGUACUUCUUGCCAGUUAUCUAUUAACAAAAACCUUUGAUUUGUAGUUUUAAGGAUUAAUCCUCAAAGUUCUCUUCAUAACUGCCUUGACGUUUGGGGUUCUGUUCUGUUAAUUUUCUUUUGCUUUUUUGUGUUUUUUGUUUGUUUUUACUUUUGCAUUUAAGACCAUUAAAUUUGAUUUUGUUUUGCUCGA